AACAACAACAAAUAUAACCAAACUAUCUCCUCUUCGUUUAUCCCGAAUUUCCUUCCAUUUCCAAAACUGGAAUAAUUUUUGUGUGGCAACGCAAAAAACUGGCUCCAGUCCAAGUAGUUUCCAUUAAAAACAGAAACACUUUUCUUGCUAACGAGUUCGGUUGUUGUUCACAAGUGUAUGCGUUGUCGUCGUCGGCUGUGUUGUGAUUGUGGGUGGAUAUAAAAGAAAAGAAAAAAUGUGAAAGCAAAGAAAAAAAAAAAGAAAACCUAAUUUUGUGCAAAAGCGGCCGCGAAAUUCAACCUGUCGUCUCUCUCACACUUACAUAUCUCAUACCACUGUUCACGGGAAAGAGAGUAUAUUUAUGCUGUUCGUUCGCUGUCAGAUUUUGACAAGUGCAUUUUAGCUUGACAUUUUAAUGUCAAAAUAUUUUUGUUUUUCAACAAAUUUGAAAGAAAUUUAAUAAAAAAUUGAAUUAAAAUGUAUGAAUUAUCUGUGAAAAUGUAUUCCAAAAUAAAUAUACAUAUUAUUACAAAAAUGAUUGUUUAAAGUGUAGACCAUAAAUGUCGUCGUCGUCGUCGUCGCCAUUCACAUCAAAACCUCUUUCGUCGUUGUCGACUCCCUUUUCUUGUUUCUUCUGAUUUCCUAAUUGUAUUUUUUUAUUUGUUGUUGCUUAGAAAUGCGUGCCAUCUUAGUAAAUAAUUAAAAAAGAAGAAAAAACAAAAAUAUGCAAGCAAAAAAACGCUACAUUUUAGUUUUCGUUUCUUGUGCUUUCCUCGCCUAUUGCUACUUUGGCGGCUAUCGUCUGAAAGCGGCUCGUCGCCCCUCAACAGUCACACGGUCGCGCGAAAAACUCAAUACUUUCGUCGAUCUCGACAUCGACUUGAGUAAUAACCAAGAUUAUCUGACAAACUUCCGCAACGAUGUUAGCAUCGAACAGAGUUCACUUUUUCAAGCUAGAACUAAAUCCUGCCGCAUGGAAACCUGCUUCGAUUACACUCGUUGUUUCGAUGAGUUUCUUGUCUAUGUCUAUCCACCAGAGCCGCUGAAUUCCUUGGGCGCCGCGCCGCCCAUUAGUUCGAAUUAUCAAAAGAUUCUGACGGCUGUACGCGAAUCGCGUUACUACACCGCCGAUCCGGAGAAAGCGUGCCUCUUUAUCCUUGGCAUUGACACUCUCGACAGGGAUUCCCUGUCGGAGGAUUAUGUGCGGAAUGUUCCGUCGCGACUGGCCCGUUUGCCGCAUUGGAAUAACGGCCGGAAUCAUUUGAUAUUCAAUUUGUAUUCGGGAACGUGGCCAGAUUAUGUGGAGAAUUCGUUGGGUUUUGAUCCGGGCGAGGCGAUUCUGGCGAAAGCGAGUAUGAGUGUGCAGCAAAUGCGUGACAACUUCGAUGUUAGCAUUCCAUUGUUUCAUAAACAGUUUCCAUUGAGGAAGGGAAAUACUGGUUUUGUGCAGAGUAAUAACUUUCCUACGAAUAAGAAAUAUUUGCUAGCAUUCAAAGGAAAAAGAUAUGUCCAUGGGAUAGGUUCAGAGACACGGAAUUCCCUAUUUCAUUUGCAUAACGGACGAGACCUAGUUUUGGUAACAACGUGCCGUCAUGGCAAAAGCUGGAGGGAGCUUCAGGAUGCCAGAUGCGACGAAGACAAUCGCGAGUACGAUAGGUAUGACUAUGAAACGCUACUCCAGAACUCGACAUUCUGCUUAGUUCCACGUGGCAGGCGAUUGGGAUCGUUUAGGUUUUUGGAAGCUCUUCAAGCGGGUUGUAUUCCGGUGCUAUUGUCGAAUGCAUGGGUGCUGCCAUUUGAGUCGAAAAUCGAUUGGAAGCAGGCUGCUAUUUGGGCGGACGAACGGCUUUUGUUGCAGGUUCCUGAAGUGGUGCGGUCGAUACCCGUCAACCGUAUUCUGGCCCUCAGACAGCAAACUCAAAUACUAUGGGAACGAUACUUUGGAUCGAUCGAGAAAAUUGUUUUCACAACUUUUGAGAUUAUUCGCGAACGACUUCCUGACUAUCCAGUUCGAAAUAGUCUCAUUUGGAAUACAUCGCCAGGUGCUCUUCUAACGCUUCCUACAUUCACAGAUUCCUCUAGAUUUAUGCCAUUUUUACUGGACUCGCUUGGCAGUGAGCCCCGACACAAUUACACAGCGGUGAUUUAUGUGCAAAUAGGAACGGUGUUGACCCCAAACACCGCCUUAUAUAAACUAGUCAAGAGCGUCACUAAAAGUCAAUUUGUAGAUAGGAUAAUUGUAUUAUGGGCAGCUGAUCGACCUAUCCCAUCGAAGAAACGCUGGCCCAGCCUAAAUCAUAUAUCGUUCCAUGUGAUACCGCUGGGCAGUAGCACAGCGGCGGCUGCAGCAGCUUUAGCAGCUGGUUCAGCUUCGCCAACGACCGACGAACGCCCAAACAUAUCCCAAAGAUUUUAUCCAUACCCAGAGGUGGAGACAGAUGCUGUUCUGUCGCUGGACGAAGAUGCCAUAUUGAAUACGGAUGAGUUGGACUUUGCAUACACAGUGUGGAGGAACUUUCCAGACCGGAUAGUGGGCUACCCAGCUCGAGCUCACUUCUGGGAUGAUUCAAAGAAUGCGUGGGGCUAUACGUCCAAAUGGACAAAUUACUAUUCAAUAGUAUUGACUGGUGCAGCUUUCUACCAUCGCUAUUACAACUAUUUAUACACAAAUUGGUUGUCGCUGCUACUUUUAAAGACUGUACAGCAAUCUUCCAAUUGCGAAGAUAUCCUAAUGAAUCUUCUGGUAUCGCAUGUUACUAGAAAACCGCCGAUUAAAGUUACACAACGUAAGGGCUAUAAGGAUCGUGAAGGCGGACGAUCACCGUGGAAUGAUCCAGAUCAUUUUAUACAGCGACAAAGUUGUUUGAAUACAUUUGCCGCUGUUUUUGGUUAUAUGCCCCUAUUACGUUCCAAUCUCCGUCUCGACCCUGUACUCUAUCGGGAUCCGGUAUCCAAUCUAAGAAAAAAAUAUCGCCAAAUCGAACUUGUGGGCAGCUAGCGAUUCAUUUACACAACCUACAGAUAAGUUUAUACCUAGUUUCGAAACAAA